UGAUUCAUAACUCCUGAGGGGUGCAGUUUUCGGGCGUUUGGACCCCUUCAGAGCGGGGGGACAGAAGCGGCAGAAAAUGCUAAAGUGCGGAGCGAGGCCGGGUCAGCGAGUCGCAUCCAUCGGCUGCGUUCGGGCACAAGAGGGUGAAGAAGAACUGUAGAGCAGGAUGUUUGGGUUCCCCUCUUGAGAUGUGGUGGUGGAACUUGUGGUGGCCGCGGCGUGUUUACUGCUGAAAUUCGUUUCCUCCCUCUCCCUCUCUCUCUCUCUCUCUCUCUCUCGAGCUUCGUUGCAUCUUCGCUGUAGCUCUUGAGCACCACCACCUGCCUUUCGCUGCGAGCACAACACCAUCAAAUGGCGAUGAGAUGAGACGAAGCGGAUCAUGAGGUGCAGCAGGAGCAGCAGUGCAGCCAAAUCACCCAGUCCAAAAGGAAGUCCCCGCUGAGCCACAGCCGCGAGACGAAGCGACCUCGAUCGACCGACCGACCGACCGACCGACCGACAGCGAGCCAUUUAUCCAUCGAGAAAUUGAAACUCGCGCCGAAUGCAGGCCGCGGCGAAACUGAGGGAUCCUCUGAGGGACUCCCAGCACUCGGGGCCGCAGAGAUUCCAUUCGGGAAACCUGGCGCUCCUGUCGCGCAGCAACACGCACCAGGCGUCGAGCUCGAAAUUGGCAUUUCCAGCGGACAAAGGUGGGGAUUCCAAGGGCACGAAGAUGGCCGCGCUGACGCGAGGCGCGUCCUUUCGGAGGCAGGGAUCGUCGGGCAUGACCUGGACGGAGAACUGGACCUUCACGGACGAUGGCAUGUUCUCGCGCAACACCAAGGUCAGCGACGAGAAGAGUGCCAUGGCGAGCUCGUCGCGCCCCGGCCAAGAUCCCAAGAGCGCCGGGCCCGAGAUCACGUCUGGAUUUCCUGCCGAGCUUCAGCGGAGCCUCAGUGUGGGAACCGGAACGCGCACCAAGAGAGUCGGCUUGCACCAUAAAUGGGGCAUCAAGUGGAUCAAGAAGAGCUUCAGAAAAGCUUUCAAGUGAAUGAUGGCGAUGUCCUCCUCUCCUCAUCCCGUCUCCAUGGACGAGAGGAGUUCACGAGUGUGCAGGCUCCGCCACCAUGUCGCGGAUCGGCUUCACCGGCGGACGCAAUCGCGACUCACAGUCGUGCCUCGCUCGGGAAGGCGUGACUUCUAAGGAUUGUAAAUUUCACCUCAACCCUAACGAAUUAUUGAUACAGGCGCUCGAGCAGAGCUGCGCAGGGCUCCCGAUGCGCUUUUUGGUCGCUUAAUUGUACCAGUCAGUCAGUGUGUGAAUUCUUGUGCCGCAUCCCCCACGAGCCCGUCCUGCCAUAAGAAGUCUGCGUUUGCCGGUGGGCGGGCAGACGAUUGGCCGCUCGGAGGCAUUGGCCUGAUGUGAAGAGGAAGGAUGUUGGGGCCCGAUUUUCCUAGAUGUCCUUAGCAUUCAUAGACACUGCGACGAAGAGAGUUAAUUCUAGCCUUGCAACCGAGAGAUUGAGAUUCUUAUGCCUUCACCGCUUACGAAGUGUGGAGAUUCACCUCCGCUCGAUGCUGUGGAGUAUGUAUACAUGACAAAUCCUUGUAAUAUAUAUUCUUAUCGA